AUGGGUCCCCGGAAGUUUUUUUUGGCCUCCAUUACUACCGUAUCAAUUCUUCUCUACAUGUUUCUGCACGCCAGUUCAGAGCUGAUGGCCUUCCCUCCCGAAGCAGCGUACGGCCCAGCCGCAGAAAGUCCAGACAUCGCCCCGCUGGUACUCAGCCCGGGGGCUCCGCCGAGGGUAUUCGACAUCGACAGCUACGGCGCGUCAGCCGGCGGCGACGCCACGAAGGCGUUUCUCGGGGCGUGGAAGGACGCCUGCAACUCCUCCGACGACCCCUCCGUGCUCCUCGUGCCGGCGGGGAAGUCCUACCUCCUCAUGCCCCUCAGCUUCACUGGCCCCUGCAGAGCUACGUCGAUCAGUGUAGUGAUUCAGGGAACGGUGGAGGCUCCGUCGAACCGGUCGGUCUGGCUUGACGGCGACCUCCCGGACCGGUGGAUCACGUUCGAGGACAUCGACAACCUCCGAGUCACCGGCGGCGGGACGAUCAACGGGAACGGACAAGAGUGGUGGAUUAACUCCUGCAAGGUCAACAAAUCCAUGCGAUGCGUCCCCGGCCCGACGGCACUGUUCUUCAGAAGCUGCAACCAUCUGGUGGUGGACGACCUGGAGGUGAGGGACAGCAUGCAGAUGCACGUCGUGAUCGCCUACUGCUGGAAAGUGCUCGUCUCGCGGCUGUUCGUCACCGCGCCGGGGUGGAGCCCCAACACCGACGGCAUCCACGUCUCCAACAGCAGAGAAGUCUCCAUAAUCGACAGCACCAUCACCACAGGUGAUGACUGCAUAUCCAUUGUUUCUGGCUCUGAGUUUGUACGGGCAACAGGCAUUUUUUGUGGACCGGGUCAUGGAAUCAGCAUCGGUAGUCUAGGAGCGAACAAAUCGCGGGCCCAUGUCUCUGACGUGCUGGUGGAGAAGGCCACGCUGGUGGGCACAACCAACGGUGUGCGGAUCAAGACUUGGCAGGGAGGAGAAGGGUAUGCUGAAAGGAUUACUUUCCGAGACAUAAGGAUGUUCAACGUCACUAAUCCUAUAAUCAUCGAUCAGAAUUACUGCGACUCCAAGAAACCAUGUUCCGAGCAGGAAUCAGCAGUUGCCAUAAGUAACAUACGCUACAGCCAAAUACACGGAACUAGCUCUUCGAAGAUCGCCGUCAAUUUCAAUUGCAGUAGUGCUGUCCACUGCGACGGCAUAGUAAUGCAGGACGUCUCUUUGGUUGGGAAAGGGUCCUACCUAGCAUGCUCUUCCCUGAACGCCAGGGUCAUUGAAGUAGGAUUUAACUCGCCAUAUUGCAGCGCGACCAUGUAA